UCUGCCUGCGGCAUCUGGGUAGCGCUUGAAGGUCUGGCUGUGCAUCCAACAUGAAGCAACUCCAGGCUGCUGCUUCAUCUGUCUCCCUCUGAGCCUAAAUUUGCUGAGUCUGGCUAUGCCGCCUUUGCUUGGUUGUACGCCUUGUGGAUAAAAAGUGUCAAUAGCAGAGAAGAAUGUAUGACUUUCACCAUUGGAUUAUAAAGAUGGGGAAAGGGCCCAGAGAGAAUUCGACUUGCCCAAGGUCACCUCGUGACUGGGAGUGGAGUAAGACUCAAAAGCCUGACCUGCUGGCCCCAACUUCUGAGAUCUCAGAGGACCUCUGACCUCACCAAGAAGUGUUCACUUCUGGCCUCAAUUUGGCUGUAGGCUGGGUCCGUGGCCCCAGGGAUCUCUCCCCACCUUGUUACUGUCACCUCACUGAACAAGUCGGGCUGGCCUGCUGGCCCCGCCCCCCCAGGCCCCGCCCCGUCUAGACUCUUCCCAAAGCCGCCGCAUCCUUCGCCUCAGCUGGGCGCCGGGAACUGCAACCAUGGCGGUCACCGCUGAGGGCGCCCGCAGGAAGGAGCGCGUCCUCUGCCUGUUUGACGUGGACGGCACCCUCACGCCGGCUCGCCAGAAGAUCGACCCUGAGGUGGCUACCUUCCUGCAGAAGCUGCGAAGAAGGGUGCAGAUCGGUGUGGUGGGCGGCUCUGACUACUCUAAGAUUGCUGAGCAGCUGGGAGAGGGGGAUGAAGUCAUUGAGAAGUUUGAUUAUGUGUUUGCUGAGAACGGGACGGUGCAGUAUAAGCAUGGACGACUGCUCUCCAAGCAGACAAUCCAGAACCACCUGGGGGAGGAACUCCUGCAGGACUUGAUCAACUUCUGCCUCCGCUACAUGGCCCUGCUCAGACUGCCCAAGAAGCGUGGAACCUUCAUCGAGUUCCGGAACGGCAUGCUGAACAUCUCGCCCAUUGGCCGGAGCUGCACCCUGGAGGAGCGAAUUGAGUUCUCCGAACUGGACAAGAAGGAGAAGAUCCGGGAGAAGUUUGUGGAAGCCCUGAAAACAGAGUUUGCCGGCAAAGGACUGAGGUUCUCCCGAGGAGGCAUGAUCAGUUUUGACGUCUUCCCUGAGGGCUGGGACAAGCGCUACUGCCUGGACAGCCUGGCCCAGGACUGCUUCGACACCAUCCACUUCUUUGGGAACGAGACCAGCCCCGGUGGGAACGACUUUGAGAUCUACACAGACCCCCGGACUGUUGGCCACAGUGUGGUGUCCCCGCAGGACACGGUGCAGCGAUGCCGUGAGAUCUUUUUCCCAGAGACAGCCCAUGAGGCGUGACCAGGGCCCACACCUGCCCCUUGGGACUUCCAGAGAGCUCUGCCCGGGCCUAAGAGAGCCCCUGGCCCUGGUGUUGGGGGGUGCCAGGGCCCCUCCUCUGGCCCAGGACACCUGCCUCAUGUUACCUGCUGAAGGCCCCCCUCAGUGGACCCAGGGUCUGUGUGGACAGCCACCCCCAGCUGGUCAGCUCUUGGUGGGCCUGGCUCCCGUCCUCCACCCCGAUGGCCCUGGCUGCAGCUGCUGCUCGUACUUCUGGACAGGACAGGUUUCUGUCGACGCGGGAAGCGUGUGCGAGUGUCGGUACGAGAUAGAGCCCGCGCUGCUUCCCUGCCCUAGGUGGGGCGCAGAGCAGUGGGCAAGGUGCAUACUUGUGAGAACUUGAUCUCACAGAUACUAAACUUCGUGGAACGAGGCGUG